AUGAAGAAAUUUCAAGAUGUAAGACAAUGUCAGAAAUAUAUUGAAGAGCAAUCACAAAACGAUCGAUUAGUAAUUAUUGUUAGUGGUCGAUUGGGACAAGAAAUAGUACCUUCUGUUCACAAUCUUCAACAAGUUAUAUCAAUAUAUGUGUAUUGUAUGAAUAAAGGAAUUAAUGAACAAUGGGCUUGCAAAUAUACAAAAGUAAAAGCUGUUGUUGUUCGACUUGAUGAACUUAUUUUUCGAAUUACGACUGAUCAUAACAUUCAGAAAAUGGAGGAUGGAUCAUUGCCAAUAAUUAGAGUUACUCCACAUGAUUACCCAGGAAAGCCUGACAUUGACGUCGAUGAUGAAGUAUUAAAAUCAGCAAAGGAUGAAAUAAUAUGCGCUCUUCGCUUGGAAAAACAUAAAGAAAAACAUAAAAUUAUAAAUGAUUUGUUAAAAGAUGGUCGACAAUCAUUGUCUAAUCAUAAAGUUGAGUUCGCACCAAAAGUCUACACAGCAGCAAUAAAUGAAAACAAUGGUCAAUUGAUGAGAUCCCUGAGAAAGUACUUUGAACGACAAUGGAAAAUAAAAUAUGGUUCUUCAAAUCAAUGGUUUAAGUUAUUUUUAGAAGAAUAUAAAGAUUCCAUCAAUUAUGAUUCUGUUCUGAAUCGUACAGCUGAAUAUGGGCAUAAAUACUUGAAAGAUUGCCCAAUCUUAUCAAUUGUUUUGCAACUUCUAUUUGAAGGCAUUGAUGACAAAUUUUUCGGUGAAACAAAUGCAUUCAAUGAUUUAUGGUGUACAAUAACUAAUAAUGGUUUAAAAUCUAUAGAAAAUUUUUCUGAUAAUAAAAAGCAAUCGGUCUUAUUGCAAGCAUUACGUGAAUAUUAUCGUCCAAAAUUAUUUGAAUUAUUAGAAAUAAGUGAAAUCCAAGAUGAAGACAACUUGUAUGAAUCAGCAUUAAAUAACGUUGCCAAAUAUGGUUGGUUGCAAGGUUUACAAGAAGUUGAAGAGAGAAUAAUAGUGAGACAUUAUAACACAUUACGAGCGAAUAUUCCUGUAUUUGACGAUACAUCUGGAAAGUCAAUUCAACCCAAAGUAGAAGCUCCGAUGUCAGUAAACGAGCGAUCAUGUAUGUUUGGUCAAGAUACUCAAAUUUUAUGGAAGUUCAGUGGCAUUGGGAAACUACGAGUGACAUGGUUCUUCAAUGAUCAACCAUUUCCAAAUAAUGAUCGCCUGCAAGUAACGGAGACUGAUGAUGGAACAUCGAUAUUAACAGUUCGUCAAGCUGAACUUGGCGAUCAAGGUGUCUAUACUGCUAAAUCAACCAAUGCUUUUGGCGAAGCUGAAGCUCAAACAACAUUAAAGAUUGAUUACAUCAAACCUGCCAUCAACACUAAUCUCAAUACUGCACUGAAAGUCACAAAAGGUGCAAUCUUGACACUAAAAGUCGUCGCCAGUGGAACUCCGAAACCUCACACUGUCUGGAUGAAAGACGACAAUGAACUUACACCCAAUGAUCGCAUUCAAGUGACGAUAUCGACUGGUGACGAUGACAAAUAUACACUGACCAUCUUAAAUGUACAACCAGAAGAUGAAGGAGAGUAUUCAGCCAUUAUUUCCAAUGUUGGUGGAUCACUUCAAUCCGAUAAGUGCAAAGUUAUUGUUUCGAGUAAGUCACAUUGA